CAUCCUGAAGACCUCUGAGCUCAGAAAGCAGAUAUUCAUCUCAUAAUUUCUCUACUGAAGCUGCCCAUAAAGCUUGCUCUCUGCACUUUUCUAGACAUUCAGUGUACUUCUAUGUUUAUUUUGUAAGUCAUAAGUAUUUGAUUUUUGUUUUACUUUUUUCUUCUAUAUUUGUUAGAUAUGAAGUUGGUGACACUUUUGGCUAUUAUAACUGGUGUGUUUGCUGCUCCAUUUAUUAAAGAAGAGAUGGCAAAGAAGUUCAUCAGGCAGAAGAGACAGGAUGGAUACUGGGAUCCCCACCACUCUCAGAACGCCUGGGGUUUCACCAUCCAGGAACAGGCCAACGAGCAAUGGACGGCAAUUCGAACAGCUGCUCAAUACUACAUGGACAUGGGCAGCCUGAUGUUUGACCCUGUUGUGGCAGAUGAGAACACCAGGCAGUUAAUGGAGAUGCUGCGAAAUGUACAAGAUCACCUGGACAGCCAGACGGGUCGAUAAAGACAGAAAACACCAAGAGAGGAACAAGACUUCGUGAUGAAGACACAAAUAUGGAGACUCUUAUUUUUAAGGCCAGGAUUUUGAUGUAAAUGGGAUUUAUAGAUUGUACAAAUAAGAGUGGAUUUUAUUUUGGUCUGUACUUGUCUGUGAUGUGUCUGUGUUUUUGAAUUUGUCAUUUUCUGAACUUUUGUCUUUUAUUGGAAAUGAUUUUUACAACCUUAAAUGUAGCCUUUUUAGACAUAUGCCCCCAAAAAUGCUUCUAUUCCUCUAUUCUUUUCAUCCACUAAAGGUGAUUAUAAGCUCUCAGUGAUUAUUAACUUUCCUUGAUAUUCAUAUACAUAUCAACUAAAUAAGCAGAAAAUGUAAUAGAAAUAGCAUUAAAAUGAAAAAAAAAAGAUCUUUAUGAAAGAUAUCAUUCACAUUAUAAACCGUUGCAUUUCUUCUGAAUGAACUUGCAUAAAGUCAAAGGUUAAAUU